AUGUCGGUCGCCCAAACAUCGGCAUCCCUGACCCGGCCCUUCUUGCUUCUAGGGCUGCGGAGGGAUGAUGAUGACGCAGGCCACCGAACAGAAUGGAAAAUCAGAGAGAUGUACCUCGACGAUUGGCCAGGGCGUGUGGCGCUUGUGGUUGGUGGCUCCAACGACAUGCGCAGCGUCCGAAGCGCCAAUGAAAGCGCCUUGAAAGAAGAGGGAAUCAAGAUUAAGUGCCUACACGGCAGAACCGAGAGAGAUCAGAAUAGGCUGCCAGCAAGGUGCUUGCUUCUGAUCACCGAAACACUCUUCAGCAAGUCACGGAUGGAGCUACGCAAUUCCUUGGACCUCGUCUUCGAUGUGUGCGAAAUCCACAGGGUUCUGCAGAGGGAGGAGACGGGUUGCGGUUGGAGUGAUGUCUUGGUAACCUUGCGCAUCACACAGCAAGAGCAGGGACGACGUCGGAGAAUGCUUUGCGCGAAGUACCGCCCGGAUUUCAGCACCGACAGCCUUCCAGAGGAAAACCCAGAGCCAUGGAGCAAGGAAAAGAAGCAACGCAUGGUGUCCUCUCCGCUCAAGAAGUACCUGGGCCUUCGUUUUCCAACUGUCGGCUUCGAUGGUCCAAUGGAGAGGAGUUUGGUGAAUCUUCUCUCUGGAAGCUCGCCUCCCGGCCAUUCGCAAGUGCCGGGCUCCAGCUUCUGGACCGUUCGCGGCGAUCAAGAGCUCUCCUUCAAUCAGCUGCCGAUUUGUCAUCUUCUGGACAAGGCUUUGAGCUCAAGCCGCAGCCGCAACGAGCGCAUGGCAUGCCUUGUGGCCGCUUGCGUUCUCCAGCUGGUCUCCAGCAAAUGCUUAGAGCUGCUCUUUCGCGACAGGGCGAUGCUGGAUAAAUGCGAUGGUGACAUGCACUGGUUGUGGAGCUUGGUCGAGGCCCCCAAAUUCUUGCAGACUUUCCUGACAUCAGCUGGGAAGCAUGACAUGGUAUGCACCCUCUUCGUCAUGGUGGUGCAGUGGAUUACGGAAGACCCUGGAAUGCCCCAUGAGAGCAGGCACGAGGAACUUCGCAAUCUUGCUGGCCAAUCCUUCGCGGAUUUUUCGGAAAGGGUUCUUCGUCAGAAUGCAGCUGGGCAGCUGGCCGAAGUCGUAGGUUGGUUGCUGUCGGAGCUCAUGCAGCUUGCGGAGGAAGUCGUCGAUGAAGCCCUGACGUUUAUUAAGUGGUUGCCAUGGAAUUGGGCCGGUGAUCUUAGUCGACAGGACAUCCUCCAUCUUGAUGCUCCUAGCGUGCUACCCUUCCUUCGCUCGCAAUUCUGCCUGGCGGGUGUGGUUCAGGGCCAGCGAGAUCAAGACUUCCUCGGGUUCUCCAACGGCGAAGCUGGAAUUCAUCAGCUCGCUUGGAAGCUUGAGGUGAACAGUGGGAGGUUCAACCACAUGCAAGUUUGUCACGAUACCGGAAACAUCCGGGUGGUGUAUGCGCCAGAAGAAAUGCACUAUGCUCACCCCAGGAAUCCCAUCGAGUGGAACACCCCGCUUCUCAAGACAGUGAUCCUGCAUUACCUCCAGCCUGAGCCGCGUGACGAUGGCGUCGAUUCGGCAACCUUCCAGACCGCUGGAAACAACCCGCUGGCAGCCACGAUUUUGAGCAAGUUGGUGGCAGCAACGAGCAUCUUCUUGGUGUUGGCAGAGCUUUUGCAGCAUGUGCGGGAAGAUGAGCAUGAUGGCAUCCCCGCACAAGACUCAGACUGCUGCUUCACACACAUGCUCAAGGCGGAUGUGUUGCAUGAGCUUUCUGGCGCAUUUUCCUCUGGACGCAUUGGCUCAUCGGAGGGCAUCCAAGAGGAAGAUCGGACAACAGACGUGCCUGCGGAGGACGAGUCUGCCGGCGAUACGGAUGUUGUGGCACUUCGGGGGCCAGGCUCGGUGUCGCCAGAAGAAAGCUCGCCGUCGCAUGUCCUUCGCUUGCCAUGCACACCACCAGGCAUCAUCAAUCCGUACACGAGAAAGGAGCUGGUUGCGCUUGCUCUGAACCGCUUUAUGACGCCAGUUCUGUUGAGUGUUACUGCACCGGUUCUCCUGCUUGACGGCGAACUGCAGGCUGUUUCGAAGAAGCCAGGGUGCAUCUCCUCAGAGUUUGUGUCCGAAGCAUGA